GGCGGAGCGGCCAAGAUGGCGGCGGAGCCGGGCCCGGGCGCGGGGCCGGACACGGAGCUGGAGGAGCUGCUGGAGAGUGCCCUGGACGACUUCGAGCGCAGCCGCCCCGCGCCGCCCCCCGCUCCCGGCUCCGUCCGACCCCCCUCCCCGCCUUCCUCCGAGGGCUCGCUCUUCUCCUCGCAGGAGAGGUUCUUCCAGGAGCUCUUCGAGGGCGAGCUGGCGGCGCAGGCGGCCGCCGAAUUCCAGGAGGCCAUGCAGGAGCUGGCCCGCCAGGAGCCCCAGCUGGUGCAGCAGUUCCAGAAGCUCUCGGAGGCUGCGGGGAAAGUCGGCAGCGACGCGGCCUCGCAGCAGGAAUUCACCUCCUGCCUCAAGGAGACCCUGAGCGGGCUGGCCAAGAACGCCAAUGACCUCCAGAAUUCCCCGGGCUCCGAGGAGGAGCUGGCCAAGGCCCUGGAGGGGCUGGGGCUGGAGGAGGGCGGCGGGGACGGCGUCCUGCCCGUCAUGCGCAGCAUCAUGGAGUCCCUGCUGUCCAAGGACGUGCUCUACCCCUCCCUCAAGGAGAUCACCGAGAAGUACCCGGAGUGGCUCCGGCAGCACGAAGGGUCGCUGUCCCCGGAGCAGCGGGCGCGGUUCGGGGCUCAGCAGGCGCUGAUGCUGCGGAUCUGCGCGGAGCUGGAGCGGGAGCGGCCGGAGGAGCCCGAGGGGCAGCGCCGGGAGCGCUUCGAGACCCUGCUGGACCUGAUGCAGCAGCUGCAGGACCUGGGCCACCCCCCCAAGGAGCUGGCAGGGGACACGCCUGCAGGCCUGGAGCUGCCGGGGGGGCUGUCGGGGGAGCAGUGCCGCCUCAUGUAGGGCACUUUUGGGGUGCCCCACGUCCGACCCCGAACGAGGCCGAAGAGGAGCCCGGCGGGACUGGGACCCCCCCGGGACCCUCCCCGCACCCCAACUUUGGGGUUUUGGGGGGUGGGGGGCGCAGGGACCCCCCAGAACAGGGACGGGUCCCCCCCUCACCCCCGUGACCCCAAUAAAGAGCUGGUGACAGGAA